AUGGCGGCAUUGCAAAAAUGGAAUCCUAGAGUCGUUGUGGAGUGGAUGCAUUUGGAAAUAGAUAGCCCGGGCAGAUACAUGUUGAAUUAUGUUUUCUGGGCAUUCAAACCAUGCAUUGAGGGAUAUCGUUAUUGCCGUGACGUUAUAAGCGUGGAUGGAACACAUUUGUAUAUGAAGUACAAGCAUAAAAUGCUGGUAGCAGUAACUUUAGAUGCAAAUCAGCAAGUGUUGCCGUUAGCGUUUGCACUCGUGGACGAAGAGUCACUUGCGUCAUGGCGUUGGUUCCUCCGAAUGCUUUCCAAAUAUUUGUUGCCGUCAGAGGAUGAUCGAGAUUUGUGCUGGAGAGCAGGGGCUAAAGACAACCCUCGAAAAUUUGAUAGAAUAAUGGAAGAGAUCAAAUCAUUGAACGAGGAAGCAUACGACUGGCUGGGGAGAAUCGACAAGGAUCAAUGGACGUUGGCGCAUGAUGGUGGUUGGAGAACGGGUAUCCUAACUACAAACAUGUCUGAGUGCAUAAAUGGAGUAUUAAAAGGUGCGAGACGCUUACCAAUUGUGGCUAUUUUGCAAAUAACGUUAUCCCGCUCUGUGCAGUAUUUCUUGCAGCGCUCUACACGGUGUAAUCGUAUGAUCAAUGCAAAUCAACAAUGGGCUGAUUUUGCGUUCAAGCUGUUCGAAGUGCGACAGGCAGAGGCAGUACGUCACAUUGUUCAAAAAUUUGACUAUAACCAACAAUUUGCCUCAGAGGUAACAUUGAGCUUGACCGGGCAGGGCUCCCGUACUUAUGUCGUCAAAUUGAAGCAUCGUAUGUGUUCUUGUGGCAAGUGGGGUGCAAAUGGAAUUCCAUGUUCACAUGCCAUUCAAGCAUGCCGACAUUUUGGGGUUAAUGCGUCAAAUUUUAUUCCUAACUAUUACAGUGUACAAUCAUACAAGAAGACAUAUCAAUGGAGGUUUGAGCCUGUGUACGGUGAAGAAUAUUGGGAUCCGAUGGAUUUUGAGCUUGUGCAUAAUCCCGCGGUGCGAGCCCGUCGAGACCCAGGUAGACAAGUAUCUACUAGAAUACAGAACGAAAUGGAUAGACCACAAGUACGUGCUCGCCAACAAUAUCAGAGUCGUCAAGACCGGGGAUGA